AUGGCGAGUUCUGAGACGAGGAACGAAAGCACGAACCAUAUAAAUGAUUGUGGUGAUGAAUAUACACAGCCCAUUUAUGAAAAUGGUCGUUUUCGUAAUCCUUGGGAAACUUGGCGAGACACAACAUUCAAAGGAUUGUUCAAGUUUAUUUUUCUGACGAAGAGUGAGUCCAAAAUUCCAGAUUCACAGGAACUUGACAAAACUUUACCAGUGAUGACCCCCGACCUCUCAGAGUUCAGCACCUCACCUGCCAGUGGUAUCCGUCACAUGUGGAUCGGUCAUGCUUCGUCACUUGUCCAGUUUGAUGGCAUCACAUUUCUGACUGAUCCUAUCUUCAGCGAUAGAUGUGCCCCAUCUCAGCUAUUUGGAUCCAAGAGGUACCGACCUCCACCUUGUAGAAUUGAGGAUCUUCCUGAAGUUGACUGUGUCCUCAUCAGCCAUAACCAUUAUGAUCAUUUGGAUUACAACAGUGUUCAUGCCCUGAACAAAAGAUAUGGAGACAAACUGAGAUGGUAUGUUCCCAUGGGGCUAAAGAAGUGGAUGCACGAUUGUGGUGUGACUAACAUUGUUGAACUGUCAUGGUGGCAAGAGCAUGUGCAUAAUGAACAGCUGAAUGUGAAGAUUGUCAGCACUCCCUGUCAGCACUGGUGUAAACGGGCUCUGAAGGAUGACAAUCAGGUAUUGUGGACUAGCUGGUGUGUCGUGGGCCCAAAACAUCGGUUUUAUUUUGCUGGGGACACUGGCUACUGUCCUGGAUUUAAACAGAUUGGAAAACGCUAUGGGCCGUUCACUUUGUCAACAAUACCCAUCGGAGCAUACCAUCCCAGAUCAUUUUUAGCUCCCCAACACGUAGACCCGGCUCAAGCUGUUGAUGUUCACAAUGAUAUUUUAUCACAGAAAUCUAUUGGCAUUCACUGGGGGACAUUUGCUUUAUCUUAUGAGUUUUACUUGGAACCAAAGGAAAGUGUCAAAGAAGAGCUGCAGAAACGAGGAAUGGAUCCAGAAUCUUUUAUAACUGUCAACCAUGGGGAGAUAACUGUUGUAGGGGGAGACAGUGAACUCAAGAGCUAG